AUGUUCACGAAUGCAGCAGCUGGUUUGGAGUAUUUUCAGCGGAUAAAUGCACAGCCUGAGGGGAUGAGCAGUGCAAUACAACAAGGUCAACCGGCCAACUGGCAGCCACCACCGGUGAAUAUGAUAAAAGUGAACUGGGACGCUACCAUAGAUCAAGGAAAUUCUUGUGUUGGGCUGGGACUUCUAGCAAGGGAUGCAAAUGGGCAAUUUGUGGCUGCUCGUGGUAUCAAAAAGAGGAUAGCAGCGGACCCUACAGUGGCUGAAGCAAUUGCUGCCCUUCACGCCGUGAUCUUUGCUAAGGAGCUAGGAUUUUCAAAUGUAAUGUUUGAGGGAGAUGCUCUAACGGUUGUGAAUGCAAUAAACUCCACUAGAUCAUGCGAGAGCAGCUAUGGUCAUUUUGUGGAAGAUGUGAAACGUUAUAUGAGUGAUCUCGCAACGUCAAGUUUUGUUCAUGUUCUUAGGGGAGCAAAUUCUGCUGCCCAUAAUCUAGCAAAAGAGGCUUGUACCCAUGUCACUGAUAAAUAUUGGUGGCAUUGUAUUCCACCAUGCAUUGGUGAUAUUAUUAGAAAGGAGGAAACAUCCCUCCUUUAUUGA